UCCUCUCACACAACAAACACCAAUCUCUCUUUCUUUUCUUUUCUUUGAAUUUCGAAAAACAAAACAAAAGUAGUCUCUAGCAUCAUCUAUCUACAAAUACCCAAUUUUAUUAUUAUUACAACCUCAAAAUCAAAUAAAAAGAACAAAAGAUUUCUUAAAAAAAAAAAAAACAAAAUGAAGGAAGGAACCAGAGAGAGAAACACAACAAUAGAAGCACUUGUUCAAACAUUAAAUCAAACCUCAAAACAUCAAUCUUCUUACCAUUAUUUUUUGUUACUACUUCUACUUUAUUAUCAUUUUCAACACCACCAAAAAACAACAAUCUUUUUUAUUAUUAAUUGCUCUUUUGUUCUCUCAUCAAAUCUAAAUCUUACCCUCACAUCAAAAUCACAAGACUCGCCAAAACCAAAAACACCAUCACCACCAUUGAUUCUUCUCUUGGAGAGAGAAGCUUUACCUAAAAACUCCUCUUUUAGAGAGAGAAAGUUUGAAGCUUUAUCCAUGAAUCAAUCUGUCAAGUUUUAUUUUUUGAGAUUUGCUGAAGUUUAAAUUGGUGGGUUUGGAUCUAUUCGUUGAUUUCUGAAGUGGGUUUGUUUUAGAAUCUGGUAUUUUUGUUGAAGUUGGAAGCUUUGUAGUGAUCUUGAGUAAUGGAGGAGGCUAGUAGUGGUGGUGGAAGUGGCGGUGUAGAGGUGGAGGAGAAGAAAAAGACUCCAGGGGAAGGAGAAAGUAAGUCCAAGAGGAAAAUGAAAACUGCUUCUCAGCUUGAGAUUUUGGAGAAAACUUAUGCAGCGGAUACAUACCCAUCAGAAGCAGUAAGGGCUGAGCUUUCAGUGCAAUUAGGACUGUCUGAUCGGCAGCUGCAGAUGUGGUUCUGUCAUAGGCGUUUGAAGGACAGGAAGGCGCCAUUGGUGAAGCGCCCACAUAAGGAGUCACCAUCCCCAGCAGGGAUGCCAGGUGGAGUGGAAAUGGGAGUAGGGACUGAGGUGGGAAAUGAACAUGGGUCAGGGUCAGCAAGUCUAUCUGGGCUCGGCGUGGAUUCAAGGCGAGCUGUUGGGAGGCCAACGGGGGUGGCUGUUCCAAGAAUUAGUGCUGAUGUGCAAGCAAUGAAGAGGUAUUAUGAGCCACAGCAAUCUGUAGCUGAGCUUAGAGCGAUAGCAUUUGUCGAAGCACAGUUGGGGGAGCCUCUGAGAGAGGAUGGUCCGAUUCUUGGGAUCGAGUUUGACCCCUUGCCACCAGAUGCUUUUGGUGCACCUAUAGGAUCAGCAACACUAGGGCAGCAGAAGCAACCUGUAAGGAUUUUCGAGACCAACCUAUAUGAGCGACCUGAUAUAAAACCCAUCAAGGGUACUACAAGGACUCUGCACGAAUACCAGUUCCUCCCACAGCAGCCAACUGUUAAAGCAGAGGCAUAUGAAAGAGCUGCCCCGUCCUUUCAGUAUGGCUCACCUGCGGAUGGUCAUAAUACAAAGACUGGAUCACUAUCUGCUACCCGAUCAUUCAUGCAUGCUAAUGAACAAGUGUCCUCUGGAUAUGGUUUUUCAAGUCAGGUGCCUAGUUUAACUCUUAUGCCUCAAGAAGGCAGGCAGGGCCAUCUCUUGCCAUCUGCUACAGGAGAGUAUGAAAAUACUUCACAAAAAAUCCCUUUUACAAAUGUUGGUAUGGAUGUGCAAAUUGGUGCCCACCCAAUUACUGCAUUGGACAAUCCUUUUAUGUCAUCUGAUCAGAGAGUGACCCAUGAUGAGAAUGCUUUGCGCAUGGAGAGGAAACGCAAGAGUGAGGAGGCAAGAAUAGCUCGUGAAGUUGAAGCCCAUGAAAAAAGGAUCCGAAAAGAGCUUGAAAAACAAGAUAUUUUGAACCGAAAGAGAGAAGAGCAAAUAAGGAAAGAAAUGGAAAGACAUGACCGUGAAAGGCGGAAGGAAGAAGAAAGGUUGUUGCGUGAAAAGCAGCGAGAAGUAGAGAGACACCAGAGGGAGCAAAGGCGUGAACUGGAGCGCAGGGAAAAAUUCUUGCAGAAGGAGUCUAUCAGAGUUGAGAAAAUGAGGCAAAAGGAAGAAUUGCGUAGACAAAGGGAGGCAGCAAGGCAGAAAGCUGCUAGUGAGAGGGCAAUUGCACGUAGGAUGGCUAAAGAAUCACUGGAGCUUGUCGAGGAUGAACGUUUGGAACUCAUGGAGCUAGCUGCCUCCAGCAAGGGGUUACCUUCUAUAAUUCCGUUGGACUUUGAAACUUUGCAAAAUCUAGAUUUAUUUCGAGAUAAGCUGACCAAGUUCCCUCCCAAAUCUGUGCUUUUAAAGAGGCCUUUUCUUAUUCAACCCUGGAAUGGUUCUGAGGAGAAUAUAGGAAAUCUUCUUAUGGUUUGGAGGUUCUUAAUCACUUUUGUGGAUGUUCUUGGGAUAUGGCCAUUCACUCUCGAUGAGUUUGUCCAAGCUUUUCAUGAUUAUGAACCAAGGUUAUUAGGCGAGAUACACAUUUCUUUAUUAAAAUCCAUCAUUAAAGAUAUCGAAGAUGUUGCCAGGACACCGGCAACUAGUCUGGGGCCAAAUCAGAACAGUGCUGCUAAUCCUGGUGGUGGACAUCCUCAGAUUGUUGAAGGGGCAUAUGCAUGGGGUUUUGAUAUACGUAGCUGGCAGCGGCACUUAAAUCCAUUAACUUGGCCUGAAAUAUUGCGGCAAUUCGGUCUUUCUGCAGGUUUUGGACCACAACUGAAGAAAAGGAAUGUUGAGCAGGCAUAUCUCUGUGAUGAUAAUGAGGGUAAUGAUGGUGAAGAUGUUAUCACCAAUUUACGGAAUGGAGCAGCUGUUGAAAAUGCUUUUGCCAUAAUGCAAGAAAGGGGAUUUUCUAAUCCACGCAGAUCUAGGCAUCGUUUGACGCCUGGUACUGUUAAAUUUGCUUCGUUUCAUGUUCUGUCUCUUGAGGGGAGCAAGGGUUUGACCAUAUUAGAAGUAGCAGACAAGAUUCAGAAAUCUGGUCUGAGGGAUCUUACAACAAGCAAGACACCUGAAGCAUCAAUUGCUGCUGCUUUGUCAAGGGAUUCUAAACUUUUUGAGAGAACGGCUCCAUCAACAUAUUGUGUACGUCCUCCAUAUAGGAAGGACCCAGCUGAUGCAGAGGCAAUACUUUCUGCUGCCAGAGAAAGAAUUCGGGUAUUUAAAAGUGGUAUUGUAGAUGGAGAAGAUGCUGAUGAUGCUGAAAGAGAUGAAGAUUCUGAAAGUGAUGUGGCAGAGGAUCCUGACAUUGAUGAUUUAGGUACUGAAUUAAAUUCUAAGAAAGAGGCUCAUGAUUCUCCUGAAGUUAAUGAAUUUAAUGGGAAAACACUCUUGAUGAAUGGGAAGGAAAGUGGUGAUGUUCUGAAAACUCCACAAGUUAGCCUUGUGAAUGUUGGUGCGGGUUUGACUUCACUGCAUUCUGAAGGCACUAAUGAGGUAAGGGGGGUUGCUUCUUCCAUUGAUCGAUCUGUAGAUGUUGCUGAAAUCUGCACUACUCCUGUGCAAGGAGAUGUAGAUAUUGAUGAAAGCAACCCUGGUGAGCCAUGGGUUCAAGGACUUGCAGAUGGGGAAUACUCUGAUCUGAGUGUUGAGGAGCGUCUUAGUGCACUUGUUGCAUUGAUUGGUGUGGCAAUUGAAGGAAACUCUAUCCGCAUCGUUCUUGAGGAACGCUUAGAAGCAGCAAAUGCUUUAAAGAAGCAAAUGUGGGCAGAAGCACAACUUGAUAAACGUCGUAUGAAGGAAGAGUUUGUCAUGAGGACACAAUAUUCAUCAUUUACAGGGAACAAGAUGGAAUUGAACCUUACAAUUUCUGCAUCAGAGGGUAGACAAAGCCCUAUGGUAAAUGUUGAUGACAGAAGUAAUGGGAUGUCCGUGAAUGCUUCUUUUCAGCAAGAAAGAUCAAGUGACCAGCAGAGUGACAUGAAUUAUCUGACUAACAUGUCUUCUGAAGGAAACAUGCAAAUGCAAGAUUUAUCUGCUGAUACAGAUAAUCUGCCAUAUCAACAAACUGGACAUGCAAAUGAAAAGUCACGUUCACAGUUAAAAUCUGUUAUUGGUCACAGGGCAGAAGAGAUGUAUGUAUAUAGAUCUUUGCCCCUUGGUCAGGAUCGCAGGCGUAAUCGGUACUGGCAGUUCACUACAUCUGCUUCCCGCAAUGAUCCUGGCUGUGGCAGGAUCUUUGUUGAGUUACACGAUGGUCGCUGGAGGGUUAUUGAUUCUGAAGAGGGUUUUAAUGCUCUGUUGUCAUCUUUGGAUGUACGUGGGGUUAGGGAAUCCCAUUUGCAUGCAAUGCUGCACAAGAUUGAGGUGCCUUUCAAGGAAACUCUCAGGAAGAGAAUGCUACAUGCUAGCACUGAAGGGAAAAGUAAAGGCCCAAUCAAAGCUGAAGCUGUUGAAACAGCUGCUGGCAUUGAAUGUGGCUCUGGUAUGGAUAGUCCACAAAGCACUGUCUGUAUUCCAGAUUCUGAUAUGUCUGAGACCUCAACAUCUUUCACAAUCGAGCUUGGAAGGAAUGAAAUUGAAAAAAAUCAUGCCUUGAAGAGAUUUCAAGAUUUUGAGAAGUGGAUGUGGAAAGAAUGCUUCAAGUCUUCUGUAUUGUGUGCCAUGAAGUAUGGGAAGAAAAGAUGCACACAACGGCUUGGUGUUUGUGAUUACUGUCAUGACACUUAUUUAUCUGAAGACAACCAUUGCCCUUCUUGCCACAAGACAUAUGAUGCCUCCCAGGUUGGCUUGAAUAUCUCUGAGCACGUGGCUCAUUGUGAAAGGAAGCUAAAGGUGGACCCUGACAGUGCUUUGUGUAGCUCAUCUUUUCCGCUGAGGAUCAGAUUGCUUAAAUUGCUACUAGCUUUGAUUGAGGUUUCAGUUCUGCCAGAAGCUCUCCAACCUGUUUGGACUGAUGACUACCGGAAAUCUUGGGGUAUGAAGCUGCAGUCCUCAUCGUCUGUUGAAGACCUACUUCAGAUUCUGACACUAUUGGAGGGUGGCAUGAAGAGGGACUAUUUGUCUUCGAACUAUGAAACCAGCAGUGAACUUUUGAGAUCAUCUGACCCAUCUGGAUGUGCUGCUUAUGGUUCUUUCAAUACAGAAACAGUUCCUGUGCUUCCAUGGUUGCCACAAACAACAGCUGCUGUAGCUCUAAGGGUCAUUGAAUUUGAUGCUUCAAUCUCAUACACGCUGCAUCAAAAACCGGAGGCUCAUAAGGACAGGAGCACUAGGAGCUUCAUUAAGCUUCCAUCCAAGUAUGCUGCCAUGAAGAACACCCCAGAUCAUGAAAUCACUGAAAGUUCACGUAAAGCUGGGUUAUUUCAAGAAGAUAAUUGGGUUGAUGUAGGGAUUGGGUUAGCAGGACUGGGCCGCGAACAAGGGAUCCGGGGCAGGGGUCGAGGUCGCACUCGUGGUGGGAGAUCACAAACAAGGAUUAUUGGGUCCAGAUCUGUAUCUAGCAAGAGAAGUGCAGCCAAGAGCAGUGACAGAUUAGGGAAGGCAUUGUCAUGGAAAGGACGACCUCGUGGCCGUGGAGGGUGUAAGCGUGGACGUCGCAGUGUGAGAAGUAGGCAAAAAGCAGUCAAGCAAGCCUCUGAUUUUAUUCCUGAGAGAAAGAUCCCUCAAGAAACUAUUCGUGAACAGUCAACAAAUUGCUUGGGAAGGGAUGACUGGAAUGGUGAUGAAACAAGGUUCGUGGAGGAUGCCGAAAAUGCCAGUAGUUCUGAAAGAUCUGAGUACGAUGAUGAAAAUGAAAAUAUUCUGGCAUCAGGAGAUGAAUAUGAUAAUAUGCGAGUUGAUGACUAUGCUGGUGGUUUUAAUGGCAAGUCUGAUGACUUACUGGAGGGAAGUGAUUAUGUUAUGGAUGGCAAUGAAGAUGAUGAUGAUGCCGUAAAUGAAGAUGAGCUAGGGGAUUUGGAUGUUGAGGAAUACAUUAACGGGGACCCAGAUGAUGGUACCGAAUCUUCAUCUUCAGAUUUCAUUGACUAGAGAAAUAACCUUAAGAUUGUAGAAUAUUGCUGAUGCAUGAGAAAUAGUCAAUUCCUUAAUUUGUAUUCUUUAGUGAAAUCUACUGACCUACUCUGUAACUGAAGUGAAUUUAUUUAUAGAGGAAGCAGCAACUGUGCAUAGCUAAGCACCUUUACUGUAUUGGAAACAGAAUAUCAAUGAAUAGUACUUCGGUCCA